AUGGCUCAGAAACGGAAGGCGCAGGAAGCGUUCGGUGUUGGGAAGGCACCGCUGAGUGCUUUCGCCGCCGCCAAACUCGCAAGGUCGAAAACGGCAUCGAAAACAUCAAACGAAGAGAAUUUAAAUGGCAACGACGAGACUACAACACGAUCGCUGGACUCGGCAGAAGCCUACAUCGACCCAGACCGUGCGAGGCUCCUUGCCAGCGCACAUGAUGAAGAAGACGAUGUCAUCCCGCCGCCACUCCCUAGGCUUGCGCCAGUACAACUAUCUUCUUUCCAGCCAGGCCCGGACAAUGUGACCUGCGACUUGGACGACUGCUGGUCCGUGGCUCUACAAUGCGACGAGACUGUCACACUCGUUGGCGAAUGUGAGAUCGUAGUGACACGUGGCGUGGCUACCACCUACGGAACAGUGCUGCGACCUGGCUCUAUACCGACUGUUGAUCUCUUCGCCCCGAGUACCCAAGCUCUGCCUGUACUGCAGGCCAGACAGGAUGGUACGGAAGUGUGCUUCAACCCUACAAAGAAUGGCCCAAAUGCACGCACCAAGUCCGGCUUGCGGAAACUUGAGAAGCUGUCACCACUAUUCCGCAACAUCUGGGGAACAGGUCCCAAGGAGCGGUCAUUUGCCUUCCUACGCUCUACGGCAGAUGAUGAGCUCCAGCGGUCAUUGGCGGUUCUUGAGAUCGAUAGGGACACCGACGCUGUACUGCGGACGCUCAGCGCAAAGACGGUGCAAGAGCCUCGGAGGCCACGCAUACUGACAGUAGGCGCGAAAGCGUCCGGCAAAUCGACCUUCAACCGCCUACUCUGCAACCAGCUGCUGAGCUGGACAACUCUACCUUGUUGCCAGUACUUAGACAUAGAUCCUGGACAACCAGAGUUUGGACCUCCUGGCGUCAUCUCGCUGGUCGAAGUCUCGACACCUCUACUUGGCCCUCCGUUUACACAUCCUGCCUCAACACUAUCGCCUGACUGGAGACUGAUACGAGCACAUGCUAUUGCCGCGACAUCAUUCAAGGACGAUCCGGAGCAUUACAAAGCAUGUGUACUGGAUUUGGUCCAGCAUGUCGAGAAGAAAUGGCCGCUAAUCAUCAACACCUGCGGCUGGGUCACUGGUCUCGGCGCCAGCGUCCUCACAGACCUAGCUGAAGACCUCGAUAUCAGCGACAUCGUUCUGAUGGAUCCAAUCGACAGUGUCCUCUCGGAAGCACUUCAGAGCAGCAGCCCUUCCGCUGCGUUACACAGAAUAGCCAGAAGACCACCACGACCCUCAUCCCGAACGCCCGCAGAGCAACGAGCAAUGCAAACAAUGGCCUACUUCCACUCCCGCAUCGGCGUGGAGUCAGCCAGAACCACCUGGCGCAGCAAACCCAUCAACCGCCUCCGACCAUGGGUCGUCAACUACGCAGAAACCAACCCCGGCUUCCUCGCAGCAAUGUCAUACGGCCAAAGCCCAGCCCCCGACUUCCUCUGCGAAGUCCUCGACGGCUCCGUCGUCGCCCUAAACGCCGUCGACGACACCCUCGCAUCCGACCUCGAAGACCGCCUCGAACGUACACCAGAAGGCCUCCCCUACCUCCCACCAGACGACCAAGGCGUCAGCUUCCCACUCCCACCGUCCCAAAGCGACUGGGUCGGCCUCGCGCUCAUCCGCGGCAUCGAUACCGCGAACAAGCAGUUGCAUCUCAUCACGCCAAUACCGGAGAAUCAUAUCGAAUACUUGGCGAAUAGGAAAGUGGUGCUAGUGCGUGGUGGGUUUGAUCCGCCUGAGUGGGCGUAUCUGGAGGACUUGUAUAAAGAUGAUAUUGGGCCAGGACAGGUGGAGCGGCCGUGGGUGAGCAGGAAGGCGUUGGUGGGCGUUGAGGGGGCGGUGUGGAGGCUGAGGCAUCCGCCUAUGGCGGGCGCUGUUAUGAGAACGUGA